CACAUUAUUUAGCUAUUUCACCAUGGCUAAGCUUUCUUUCCUCCAUCUUUGUUUGCUUGCUUUUCUACUGUCAGGUGUAUUAGUUGAUGCUCAAGCUAAGAAAAGAAAGAGAUGCAGCGCAAUAUUACAUCGAAAUCAAUGUGACGCUCAAAGCUGUUUGGAUGAAUGCAACAAGAUUCAUGGCAAAGAUAGUUUCACUGGAGUUUGUGCUGGUCUUGAACCACAAAGUUGUGUCUGUGUUUACUAUUGUGGGCCUCCAGUGUAUUAGCUUUUAUUGAAUAAAUUUUUUUCACUAUUUCAAUGAAUUAAAAUUAAAGUUAUGUAACGUACGAUGAUUUAAUUAUGAUUUUUCAUUGCCAAAAGUA